UUCCGAAUUGUUUCAUGGAUACCUGUGACACUGCAGGACACCCAACCCAUAUAUAAAUUGUUUAUGCAGUGGAGAAGCAAUGAUGGACGUAUUAUAAACCGCUUACUCUGCGAAGGAAACCGAACGUCUUGCAUAGUUGGAGGAAGACUUCCCCUACCUCAUCGCAUGUAUGUCAAUGUUAUUGUGAAGAAACCAGUUCAUAACUUUGAAGAAGGGAACAUACUUACAUACCCCACAGAAAAGGCUUCGCUUCCUGUACCUGAAGAGAGACCAACGAAACCAGCUCGUGCCUCAGGUAACAGUACAACAGGUAACAGUACAACUUUCUUGAAAGUUGAAAUCGUUAGUUAUGACUGGAAUUUUGUCAAUCUAUCAUGGAAUGCAAUUGAGACUGGAAAUAGUCACGUGACCUACCGAGUUACAGCCAAAAGAGGUAAUAAAGCCAUUGAUUUGGUGACGCCAAAAAAAUCCAUGGCAUUAUCAAGCCUGAAGCAGCUGACAAGAUAUGAAAUCAAAGUGCAGGCUCUGGAAAAUAACAGCGUUCCUCUUGCAUCAGCUGCGGUCAGUUUUAUCACAGGAGGUGAGUUUUCACUCGCUUGAACUAAGUAUUGCAGAUUACAAACGUUAUCUUUUAACAA